AUGGUCGACGAUUCUAAAUCCCCUUCUCCAGACAAAUUGUCUCCCCUACCAGAGGGGGAGUCUCUCCUAUCCCAACCGAACUCCGAUGCCCAAGGUCAGCUUACCGCAGCCGUGGACGAUCUGCUCAAUGAGCUUCAAAGAAAAUUCGACAAUGUCUCUAUGGAGAUGUUUGGGAAACGUGAGUCGCCGCCUCAAUCAUCCCCCGCCAUCACCACCAAUACAUCUUCAUACCUAAGACUAUGUAAUAACCUAUGUUUAUAUGCAGUGGAUGACAUGACCAAGCGCCUUGAUGAGCUAGAGGCAUCUCUAGCUGCAUCUUCUAGUGCCGGCGCCCCGAGUCAGGCAAAAUAA